UGCACUUCGUAAGAUUGACAAACUGUAGAAAUGGAUCCCUAGCCAUCAGUUGCCAGCACUCCCAGACUCACCUGCACUGCUCCACUCUGCUCAUCAUUAAUACUGUAAUACUGGUGCUCUGUGUUUCUCACUAACUGAGGUGAUGAGUCGCCUGAAAAAUAAUCUAAUUGCAAUGGAUCUUCUUGUGUUGCUGCUGCUGUGCACUGCUCCACUGAUCCGGGGCUACCGCUCAGGUCUGGUUAUAGACAGCUGUGAAGACAUGCAACUCCACCACUCUGGGCUGAGCCCACAGACAGCACCGUCUCCCUUCACUGUCACUACAGAGCACAAGCGCUACAGACUUGGAGAAGAUGUCAAAGUUGAGCUACAGGGUCCGGUGUCAACACCGUUCACUGGUUUCCUGUUGGAGGCUAUAGAAGGAGGGAGCGAGACUCCUGUGGGUUCCUUUGCCAUACCAGCAGGGGCUGCUAAACUCCUCACCUGCAGCCAAAGACCUAACUCAGCGGUGUCCCACACAUCAGGCUUUAAUAGCAGCUACAUUCAGGUGACAUGGAGAUCAGAACCAUCAGGAGAUAUCAAAGCUGUUCAGUUCCGUGCAUCCUUUGUGCAGAAUUCUACAACAUUUUGGGUUAAUGUGACGAGCCCUGUCCUGACCUUCACUAAUGCCAGGGUUGCCAGAUCUGCAGGUGCCCUCACUGGGAGUGGCAGUACAGACCCUGCACCACUUGUUUCUGUUUCUCUCUCCCUCUGUGUGUCUGUGUUUGUGUGUGUGCAGAAAUCAGCUGCAUCCAUCUCUAGUGCUGAGUGUGGGGUCACCAAGGUGUGCUUCAGUCAGCCUUCAAACUGUGACCCAGCAGUCAGUUCUAGCUGUUAUUUCAUGUCAGCCAUGAUGUUACCUGGUGGUACAGCUGCCUGCUAUCAGAUGACUGGUCCUUAUGAAGGCUACAUCGCUUUUGGAUUCUCUGCUGAUCAAAGCAUGGGAAAUGAUAUUUAUGUUUGUGGCAUGAAUAGUAGUGGACACGUUGGGGUGCAACAUAUGUAUUCAACAGGACAAACAACUCUACAAGCACGUCCUCUGGGGAACGUUUAUAAUGUAACAACGUCAUUGCAGAACGGUGUCAUCAGCUGUUCUUUCACUACUACGAACAUCAUUUCUAUUCAGGGGACUUCAGAUUUCAACCAAUCCUACUACCUGUUGUUUGUCUAUGGGCCCAGCAGCAAUGGACAAAUCCAAAAACAUACAGGUGACUUUGUCAGCACUAACAAGAUGGACAUUUCUACUCCUGUGGUUGUCAGUCAAGAUGCACAUCCUGAUAUCGUCAAAGCUCAUGGUGCACUGAUGCUGAUUGCGUGGAUGACCACGGGAACAUUGGGAAUGAUGGUUGCCCGAUAUCUGAAAAAAAUGGCCAAAGAACCGAGAAUGUGCAACAAAGAUCUCUGGUUUGUGGUCCAUGUUGGGGUAAUGUGUCUGACAGUAGCUGCCACAAUCAUUGCUUUCAUUCUCGCUUUCUCGCAUGCUAAGAACUGGUCUGGGGGAGCACAUCCGGUGUUGGGCUGCCUGGUGAUGAUCCUUUCCUUCUUCCAGCCUAUUGGGGCUUUGCUCCGCUGUGGACCACAACAUCACCUGCGGUAUCUGUUCAACUCAUCACAUUUUUUGAAUGCAGUGAUAAUAAAAUCUUUAGCCGUGGCAGCCAUAUUUACAGGUCUGGGCAGGAUUGACAGCAGUGAUGGAUGGCUAAUGAAAGUGAUGGGUGGCUUUCUUGCCUGGGAAGCUCUCUUCAUUAUCAUGUUGGAAAUUCAUGAUUCGAAGUUUAAGCAUACAGAUAGCACUGUAGAUCUGGAAUCUGCAAUAGUAAACGUUGAUGGCCUGCUGAUCGGUCUGUUCUUUCUGGGAAACCUUUGCUUUUUGGUGGCACUUUUAGUUGGAAUUGGGGAGAGAUAAGAGCAGCAGAGGAAUCUUCUGGAGGAAUUAUUUUUGAUGUGUUUUAUCCAAAUAUGAUGGGAAACUGCGCACUGAAAAUUCUGACCCACUGAUGCAUCAGCUGACAAAUCCUGGAAAGUGUGUUUUCUCAUUCAGUAACGUAUUUCUUGGUUUUUAGUGGAUGUUUUUUUCUGGUUUUCGUUUGAUAACUAAAAUUUGGUUUAACUAAAAUAGUAAUCAGCAUUUAACCAAACCUGAUCAGGUCAAAAUUGAUUUUCGGUUAUAUUAUAUACUCUAAUAAUGUUUUUUUCCUCAAAGGCAUUCUACUAUUAUUAGUUCUUGAUAUUUUAGAAUCAGAGUUUUCUAGUUGUAGCUUAUAGUUGAUUCUUUGUGUUUUAGCUGGUUUGCUUGUAUAAUGUUGAGCCUUUGUCUCUAUUCCAUGUUUCUCUGUUAUGUUGCUUCCUGUUUUAUUUUGUGAGCCUCGUGUUUCAUGUGUGUUGCCUUUAGUUUUACUUCCUCUUUCAUUGUUCUGAGUUUAAGCUGUCCCUCAUGUUUCCAAUCUCCCUGAUUACCUCCUGUGUCCAUGUGUGUAUGCCUUAGUUUCUCUUUGCCAUUGUGUUGGUUAGCUGCUUUAUGUGUUUCUGUGGCUUUUGCUUUGUUUUUGGACUUUGCCAUACUAACUAAUAAAAGGUCAGUUUUUGACGUUUAUCUUAA